GAGCGAAGGAAAGGCGCGUGGAGAUCUGUCUCACUGGUGAACGGAGACCCCGGACAACUCGCCGCGCACUCUCGAGGCGCCAUGACCCCGGCUCGGCUGAUCGUGCUGCUGGCCGUCUGCCUGUCGGCAGUGCUCUCUACGGCCGCCGCUAAGGCCCUAGAGAAGGGGAUAACGUUCCCGCAGUUCGAGGGGACCGGCGACCGCCAGCUAGACGUGAUGGAGGACGACGGGACGGCCGAGACGGCGCUGCUGAACUACCUGUACGCUCGCCAGAUGCUGCGUAGGCUGCGCAAGAAUCUGGACGUCUCAGAGCUGCAACAAAAGCGCUCCUACUGGAAGCAGUGCUCCUUCAACGCUGUCUCCUGUUUCGGCUAGUUGGCCGGUCGCCAACAGCGGCGCUCGCGCCGCCCCAGCCGGAGAGCCGCUUCCGGCGACAAAGGCGCCCUCUGUCUGUUGACCUGUUCCGUGGGAUUCGAUGCGUGCACGCCGUUCGCCAUUGCCAACCUCAUUUCCGACAUGGCGGCUGCUUCGUGCUGGGGGUGAGCUAGGCGGCUGUGAUGCUGGGAAGCUGCUGGCCUAGGGAUUUCGAGCUAUGCACUUCUCCCAAACGGCAUCAUAAGCUAAGUGGCAUUACCUGGAAGGGUGUUGUAAAUGUGCAUUUAUUUUCAUAACUGUCUCAGCAUGUGCAUAAGGCUCCACUUAGCUCCAGUGAAAGGACAUGGACUUAGGCACAAUAGGUGUGUAAUGAGCCAAAUAUUAUGACCCCAGGUGGUUCUGCAGUGCAUUCUGGGUGUAACCAGCUUGUUUUGCCAAAGCCAUUACAGUUCUGUCUGAGGCCCUGGUUGUGCUUCUGGAAAUACAUAGCCGCUCUCUGAA